AUGACAACCGAAAGCACCCCUCUACAUAGCAAUGGCGAGAGUGAAGAUGCCGCCUACUCGCUUCUCUAUCUCGACACGAUAGACGAGAUUCAAGAAAAUUGGAAAUGGAUUUUGACAGUCGGAAUUCUCAACCUCUUCACUGGAUUGGCUUGUCUGAUCUGUCCUUGGCUGGCCACUCAAGUGUCUGAACUUAUGCUUGUUGGUGUCAUUUUUUUCAGUGGUGUUUUGAAUGCGACAGCCGUCUGCUUUAGAAACAGUGAAAGCCUUUCAACUGUCUACCGAAAUCACAUCUUUUUGUUGGGGAUCGGACAGAUUGUACUGGCUGUUAUCAUGUUCAACCACCCAAACACUACGUUAACCAUUCUCACUUUAAUGGUGGCCAUUAUUUUCAUGGGUAUCGGAAGCUUGCAAAUGGCGGCGACACGUGAGCAACAUAAUCUAGCGGCUCGUGGACUUCUGUUUCUGUCGGGCGGCCUGACUAUUCUAUUGAGUGUUGGUAUACUGAUUUUCAUGCCAAUCUCUCGAUGGAUUACGAUCGGCGUCUUGAUUGGUACCAACUUGAUCAACCUUGGUAGUACUCGAAUUAUUUUGGCAUUCUAUGGUCGCAGCUUAUCCAAAGACGAUCGUGCUACAAACGAACAAUGGAGAUACUACAUGGAAGCAAACUUGUCGUAG